AUGUUGAGUGAUAAAGAGGUCGAAGAAUGUGCUAGGAAGACUUUGGGACUAGAUGAAGAACCUGAUAAUGUCACUCCUCAAUUCUAUCUUGACUCAUUUAAAGAACAUAUCCUUUUAUAUCCAAACGAUACCAAUUUUAUCAUUGAACUUGCAGAUCCCAAAAGGAAAGAAGGUGGUAUCGGCGGUAAUGGUUUUGGUGUCAUAACAUGUAUGGAAGAUUACUGUUGGAACGAUACGAUCCUCUCUGCUGAUCCCAAUAAACCCGAUGGUGGUCGUUCAGAUGGGUUUGGUAGUUUCUCAGAUUAUCAUGAUCAUUGUUCAGAAGAUGAUCAUGUCAGAGGGAGGUCCGAGCGCUGUAAAUAUUCGGGUGUGAAUGACAAAACUCAUCCCCAAACUCAGAAUCAUUCUUCUUCUUCUUUCUCUUCAUCUUCAUCUUCCAAUCGACCAUUACCAUUCUCCUACUCAUCCUCAUCGUCCUCUUCUCGUCAUAACCCUUCGACAUCCACUCGUACUUCUAUCUUGGACUUACCGUCUUUCGCUAGACCCUCUUCUUCUUCUACUCUCGUCUCGGGAUCAUAUCGACCUAACCCCCUUAGCAGUCCUCCCCUUACGACCAUUCCAUCAUAUGCUUCACGCAGGAUGGCAUCUUCACCUACCUAUCCUUCUUCCCGAUAUCCUAUCGACGUGAAACCGAUCCCGACUCAGUACCGACCUUCUUCAUCGUCUGCAGGUUGGAGGAGGAGUAUCGAUGUGAUUACGAUCUCGUCAUCAUCUCCAACUGGAUCAGACAAUGAGUAUGACGAAAACGCCCUCGACGACGAUGACGAAGAUGGUGUUAUUCCACUUGAUGAAGAUGAAAUUCCUGACGAAUAUAAAAGGGUCACAAAUAAAGAUAACCCCAUCUUACUUUCGGACUCAGACGAAGAUGAUAUCCAAGUCAAGAGCAGAGGUAAAGGUCAACCGGUUUCAAGAACUGGUUCGAGUAGAAUUCCUCUUGCACCUAUUUUCACCCUUUCACAAGGAAAGAAGGAUCCAGGAUCAUCACAAUCGGAAGGUGGAAUAGAAAUGGUUAGAGAUGAUAGUGGUUCAAGUAUAACUGAAAGACAAAAAGCUUUCGACGCUCUCUUUUCAACUUCGACAUCAACUUCGUCUCGUAACAAUCAGAAAUACCAAGAUGGCUCCAGUUCAAACAGGAUUCAAGCUUUAUCUGCGGAAGAGAAGUUGAAAUUAAGGGAAAAAGAAACCCAACAGAAAAGCAAGCCAAACGAUGUCAAACCUGAUCAAGCAGCUAUCGCUCAACGCCAAAAUCCGCCGUUCGCUCAACCUUUUUCAGAUACCAAUCCGUCUUUUCGUCUGGCUUUCUAUAGAGCUGAAGAAACUUUGCUUUCGUCCACUGUGGUUCAAGGGUUAUGUAGCAAAUACCCCAACCUUUACUCGGCGGUGAUGAACAGACGUAGGACCAUAAAUAUUCUCAAACCCGUUGCUUCUCAACGGCCGUAUUUCCCGCCAUCAGCUGCUCUGCUCGCUCUCAUUCCCCAGCUUAGAAAUUACAUCCCACCUACCUAUCAAGCACAACCAAACGCUGCCGCUGGCUCUUCUGCUCAAAUCAACGGUACAGUCAGUGGUACCGCUGGUCUAGAGAUGCCAGGAGGGUGGAAUCCAGAACUCGGGGGCGCCUUACCCGGGAUGAUGACGGCGACGGCUCAAGAAGACGACGACUUGUACGGAUUAGGCGAAGAGUAUGACCGUCCUAGAAGCGACGAAGGCCUUCAUACUUUCUUUGACGAAAAUCUCAAAGACUUUAUCGAAGAUACAACUGUUGACGAAUCACUCAAACGUCUCGGCUUAAACUCGGCCACUGACUUCCUUCCGGAUUUGCGAAUUAAGCUUAUGGCCCAUCAGAUUCUCGGUGUAGACUUUAUGGUCGAGAAGGAGAAAGACAAAAGGUAUCUCGGAGGAAUCAAUGCCGAUGCCAUGGGUCUUGGUAAAACUGUGCAAUCAAUUGCGACUAUAGCCACUCAUCAAAGUGAAGAUCCAAAGGUAAAAAGCACCCUCAUCGUUGCUCCCCUCGCUUUAUUGACGCAGUGGAAGAACGAGAUCGAAAGCAAGACGACUCCUGGUUUCUUGCGAGUUUUGAUAUAUCAUGGUCAAAAGCGAGUCAAGAGUAAAGCCAAUAUUAAGCAGUAUGAUGUUGUCUUGACUACGUAUGGUACUCUGGUGGCUGAAUUCGGUCCUAAAGAAAAACGAUCCAAAAAGAACGACAGUGAUGACGAAGAGGCAUACACUGAUGUCCGCAAGCAGGGUCCAUUGUUGAAGGUGCAUUGGUAUAGAGUGAUCUUGGAUGAGGCGCAUCAGAUCCGAAAUAGGAAUACUCGAGCAACGAAGGCAUGUUUCGCACUAAAAUCCUACUUGCGUUGGUGUUUGACUGGAACACCCAUUGUGAACACCCUGGAAGACAUGUACCCUUAUCUCCACUUCCUCAGCAUUUCUCCAGCAGCUAAAAUAGAAUACUUCAGAGGACAUAUUUCACGUAUGCAGAAGAAAAGACCUAAACUUGCUACAAAGCGGAUGCAGGCAAUCAUCCGACCUUUCUGUAUCCGCCGAAAUAAGGAAUCUGAACUCAAUGGGCAAAAACUUUUGCAACUGCCACCGAAGAACACUGAAGUGGUAACUCUCAGCUUCACCGAUGACGAAAGACAAAUCUAUACGGCUAUCGAAAACAGGUUCAAGAUCAGAUUCAAUUCAUAUCUGAGGAAAGGAACUGUCAUGAAACAUUAUAGCGUGGUCUUGGUCAUGCUGCUGAGACUUCGACAACUAACCUGUCAUCCUUGGCUUCUACGACGAAAUCCCAAUGAUAACGUCCAUGCGGAAGAUGUCCUCAUUACAGACGAAGAUCUAAUGUCAGGUGUCGAUGCUGUGAAAGCCGAUGACACCGGGGAACUAGCUCGUGCGACUACACUAUUAGGUCAGGAAGUCGUUGACAAACUCAAGAAAAUCAUUGCCGAACGGCAAGAGAGAAUUGCCGACUCUCAGAACAAUCCAGACGCUUCUCGAGAGACCGAAUGCCCUAUCUGUUCAGACGAGUUCAAUAAUGAGAGAAUCACUCCUUGUGGACAUUCGUUCUGCGCAGAGUGUAUAGAAGACGUCUUCAACGGCCCAAUGAAUCAAGCUGACCUCGGAGAUGCCGAUGUGCAAGCUGGUCGAAGGGCCUGUCCUUUGUGUAGAAGUGCGAUCGAGAAAGGCAAGGUAUUCAGAGCAGAUGCGUUCAAGCCGCACAACGAAGAAGAUGACCAAUCAGAAAUCGCUGAAGAAGAUGCUGUUGAAGGGGACAUCGAAGCUAAGCUGGAGGCAGGGGAAGACGACGGGUAUGAAGAAGGUGAUAGGAAAGGAAAACGGAAAGCUAAUGGCGAUGUUAAACCGCGUUUGGUGAAAAAGAAGAAGCCCGAACAAGUGAAGCUCGACCCUGAUGCUGAGGAUCCUCUUGCGGAUGUUGCGGAAGAUUUGACAAUGGAUAAUGUACCUCCUUCCACCAAGAUGAAGCGACUUGGACAAUUGAUCGAUCAAGUGAACGAAAAAGACGCCUCCGACAAAAUCAUCAUCUUUUCUCAAUUCGUGGAGUACAUCGAGUUGUGUUCGCUCUACUUGAACCGAAGAGGUGUCAAGCAUGUUCGAUACAUCGGCGCAAUGAAGCAAGAUGAACGAGAAAAGGUGUUGAAGGAAUUUAACAUCUCAACGAAAUUGGAACCGGAUUCACCUAAAGUCAUUCUAAUGUCACUGAAGUGUGGUGGAGUAGGACUGAAUUUGUGCGCUGCCAACCACGUCGUCUGUCUAGACUUGGCCUGGAAUGCCGCUACGGAAAAUCAAGCCGUCGACAGAGCUCAUCGUAUCGGACAGGAAAAAGCGGUUUCCGUUCAUCGAUUGGUCAUCGAGAACACCGUUGAACAAAGGAUCCUUGACUUGCAGGAGAAGAAACAAGCUUUGAGUGAUGGAGCGAUGGGCGAAGGAGGAGCUGGAAGAUUAGGAAGGUUGAGCGUGAGAGAUCUUAUGAGGUUGUUUGCCGUUGAUGGAGGUGGAGAUGAUUAG